AUGCCCGACGGGGAGGAGGGCCACGCGGCCGAGGCCCGCCUGGCGGCGCUGCGGGAGGGCGAGCGGCAGCUGCAGCGCGCGGUGGCAAUGCGGCCGCGGGACAUGAUGCCGCGCGUGAUGCUGCUGCGCAACCUGAUGCUGCAAGACCACGGAAGCGAGGGGCGUGUGCCAGACCUGGCGCUUUCCGCUCUGGCGGAGCUCUCCCCAAUCGACGCCGACAUCGCUUUCACCCCUCAGUUCGUGCCUGCAAUGCAGAUAGUGCUGCUCGCCGUCAAGGCCCUGUGGAAGCAAGGCCAAGAGGCCGGCGUCCCGGCCUUCAUCUCGGCAGCUUCCGAGCGGCUUCCGUCCAUGGCGUCGGACUUCGGCCACCUGGCCGAGCGCGUCGAGGCGCAGCUGACCGGCGGCGCGUGGUGUGAAGGCGGCGCGAGCGCGGACGGCCUGAGGGAGGAGAUGCUGGCGAGCCACAGGUGGCUGUCCUGCAUCGACCUGCAGGCCGUGGACGGCCGCCACCACAAGAGCAGCCCGGGCCUGCUGAGCAUGGAUGCGUUCUGA